AUGGAGCCAGGGAAUGAUACACAAAUUUUAGAAUUCCUACUCUUCGGAUUCUCAGAGGACCCAGCACUGCAGCCCCUCAUAUUUGGGCUCUUCCUCUCCAUGUACCUGGUCACUGUGGCUGGGAACCUGCUCAUCGUCCUGGCCAUCCUCUCAGACAACCACCUCCACACGCCCAUGUACUUCUUCCUCUCCAACCUGUCCUCCUAUGAUAUCUGUCUCACAUCCACCAUUGUCCCCAAGAUGCUGGUGAACAUCCAGACACAGAGCCAAGCCAUCAGCUAUGCAGGCUGCAUCACCCAGAUGUUCUUCUUCUUACUGUUUAUUGGGCUGGACAACUUCCUUCUGGUUGUGAUGGCCUAUGACAGGUUUGUGGCCAUCUGUCACCCCCUGCACUACUUGGUCAUCAUGAACCCCCAGCUCUGUAUGCAGCUGGUCCUGGUGUCCUGGGUCAUCAGUGUCCUGCAUACCUUGUUGCAAAGUUUAAUGGUGCUGCGGCUGUCCUUCUGCACAUGUCUGGAAAUCCCCCACUUCUUCUGUGAACUGAACCAGGUGAUCCACAGCGCCUGUUCUGACACCUUCCUUAAUGAUCUCAUUUUGUAUUUUGCAUCUGUGCUGCUGGUUGGAGGUCCACUGGCUGGGAUCCUUUACUCCUACUCCAGGAUUGUCUCCUCUGUCUGUGCAAUUUCGUCAUCUCAAGGGAAAUAUAAAGCAUUUUCCACCUGUGCCUCUCACCUCUGCAUUGUCUCUUUAUUUUAUUGUACUGGACUGGGAGUUUACCUUAGCUCUGCUGUUACCCAAGAUUCACACUCAACUGCGAUCGCCUCGGUGAUGUACACCGUGGUCACCCCCAUGCUGAACCCUUUCAUCUACAGCCUGAGGAAUAAAGACAUAAAGAGGGCCCUGAAAAGAUCUUUGGGAGAGAAACCAUAA